GUAUGGACUUCCAUGAUUUUUGGACCAAUAUUUGAUAUUUCAUCAAUCAAAGGCAACAAUAUGAUUACCCUCUAUCUCAAAAAAUGGCUCUACCACCCUCGGCCGCCAUCCGCCGCACCGUCAUCUGUCUAUUCCUUGCGUUUUCCGUCACCAACGCCGGUCCGCACCACGGUAUCAUUCAGAGAAGACACGGCAAGGGCCAUCACCAUGGCUACAUAAUUCCACCAGGAACGCCAGGUGAAGUCACACCUGGAAAUCCAACCGUAGUUCCACCUGGAAAUCCAACGGUAGUUCCACCUGGCGGAGAAAUUCCAGGUGUCGUUCCACCAGGCGAAGUUCCACAUGAAAUUCCUGGCGUAGUUCCACCAGGUGGAGUUCCACAUGAAAUUCCAGGUGGAACUGUAGUUCCACCUGGAACUCCCGCCGAAGUUCCGCCUGGGACUCCAGCCGAAGUUCCACCAGGAACUCCUGCUGAAAUUCCACCAGGAACUCCGCCAGCUGAAAAUGACUUAGAGACAAAUUUCAAGGGUUCAUGGGCCAUUGAUAAUCCAAAUGUGGGUGUUGCCGCGAUGCAAUUCCAAUUGAUGCCAAACAACAAGGCCGUGUGGUUUGAUACAACGUCUCUAGGCCCGUCUGCUCGGGAACUCGGCCCACCGGGCAACUGUCCUUUAAGCCCCGAGAUGAACUUUAAGCCCGAUUGUUGGGCACAUGCCAUCGCUUAUGACGUCGAAACCGGAGAAAGUCGGACAGUUUAUAUGGAUGGAGAACCAUGGUGUUCGUCGGGACACUUAUGGCCCAACGGCGACUUGGUGGCUACCGGUGGCACUCGAGGCGGUUAUAAAUCCGUUCGAAUGUUGUCCGUAAGUGACCUCAAUGCCAACUUUGUGGAGAAAAAGAAUGUUCUUGCUGAUAAUAGAUGGUAUUCAUCUAACCAAGUUUUGGAAGACGGAAGCGCAGUUGUGGUUGGUGGUCGAAACUCCUUUAGCUACGAGAUUGUGCCACCGAAUAAGCUUGAAUUCCCGUCGAAAAAAUUCAACCUCAAAUUCCUCCAAGAAACGACCGUACCGAAAAAACCCGGACCCGGUAUGUACAUCGAAAACAACCUCUACCCGUUCCUCUUCUUAGUUCCCGAUGGAAACGUUUUCCUCUUCGCAAACGACCGUGCCAUCAUAUUCCACCCCUCCACGGGCACGGUCGUUCGCGAGUUCCCAAAACUACCCGGUGGUGCACGAAACUACCCACCUUCCGGCAUGGCUGCCCUCCUCCCGCUAACCCUAACCUCGAAGGAUAUCCACGCCGAGGUGGUGAUUUGCGGCGGCAACACACAAGAAUCUUACCAGGCGGUCGACAGUAAACACACGAAAACUCGGGUUUUCGUGCCUGCUCUUCGGGACUGCCACCGACUCGUGUUGAGCGAUCAUUCCUCGAAAUGGGAGAAAGAACAAGACAUGCCGUCGGGCCGGUGCAUGGGCGACCUCUUACAUCUCCCAACCGGCGAUCUUUUAAUGAUCAACGGCGCACAAAAGGGCGUCGCGGGAUGGGAAAAUGCGAUCGACCCGAACUUCACUCCCGUACUAUACACUCCGAAUAAACCGAUGGGCCAACGGUUUAAAGAAAUGGUUCCAACAAACAUCGCCCGAAUGUACCAUUCGGUUUCGGCAUUGAUCCCCGACGGAAAAAUAUUAGUCGCCGGAAGUAAUCCGCAUGCGAAAUACCUUCUAAAGGCCGAGUACCCAACAGAACUCCGGGUCGAAAAAUUCUCCCCACAUUAUCUUGACCCGGCAUUGGCAAAACAUCGGCCGGAGAUCUUGCCGGAGAUGGCGGAUAAGGUGACGACGGAUAAGGUGUUGAAGUAUGGUCAAGAGUUCAAAGUUGGAGUGAAAUUCAAUAGUGGUCAAGUGAAUCCUCAAAAUGUGAAGGUGACAAUGGUUUAUCCACCAUUUACAACUCAUGGGUUUUCAAUGAAUCAAAGAUUGUUGGUUCUGCCGGUGAAGGCGGUGACAGAUGAGUCGAUCACCACCGUAGCGCCGCCAUCCGGAAAGAUUGCUCCGCCGGGGUAUUAUAUGUUGUUUGUGAGUUUUAGGGGUGUUCCUAGCAAGGGUUAUUGGGUACAUGUUGACUAAAAUGUGUUUGACUUGUUUAAGUCAAGCAUUUGACUUGUGUAAUUUAGGAGUUUGUAUUGUAGAGUAAA